GAACAUGGCCUCAGCAAGCGCAUUUGGUUUCCCUCCUGCGUAAGUUGUGUGUUCCGAUCACAAACGGUUCGGAUUGUUCGCGAGUGCGGUUGUUGCGCGUGGCGCGCGUUGUAACGGUCGUUCUUACCUGUCCGGCGCGUAUAUUGUGAAGUGGUGUUUUUUUGUUAAGUUUUUCAUCGUACGAGUGUGUCUUUCAGUGUAUCGGUGGUCUUGAAAGUUUCGUGGCGGCAACGAGUCCGGGAUUAGUUAUAAAGGGCGUUACAUGAAAGAUAUGAACCGUGUGCGACACCCUUCUGCUUCGAUCCUACCGGCUCUGUGUGUGUGUGUAUGUGUGGACAGGGUGCGCCAAGAAUCGGGAGCUCCAUCAUCGAUUGCACGGUGCUAGACAUCCCAGUAAGCAUCCUCCUGAAGCCGGACAUAUCGAUCGCAAUGAAAUAGACAUCUUUAAGACCAACUCGACUCCAUCAUUUGCCAACGAAUCGUGUCGCGUCAGGGUGUGCGAAACACUCACCACGAAAUCGAAGGGUUGCAGCAUUCAAUAAAACUAUAUAAAUCCACCCUCCACCCCGCGCUGGGCCGUGUCCUGCAACGUAUCGGUGUGGUGGUGGUUGCGGGGAAUCGCGAUCCCAUUUCCAUUCAACUGCGAACUGCGCGAUCCACACGCUCAGACACACUCAGGAGAAGAAGCUCUCGCGAGAGACCCAAAACCAGUUCGUCUCGCUGUGUCGUAGUGGUGAUCGUCGUCGUCGUCAUCGCAACGCGCGUUCAGACUCCCUUCGAACGCGCUCGUCUGUUGCGGUUCGAUCGUCGUUGCUCCGGCAACGCUUCUGUGACGUGGUGCAUUUAACCAACGCUGCGGUACUCGAUCGAGCGAACUACAACGCGGCGUAAACGACGAAACGGUUGUUUGGAAGGAGGGCAAACCGUAACCCCUAGACAGUGGUAGUGUAGUGCAGCCGUUAGUAGUAUUAUUAACACAUCGAUUAAAAUGUGCGUCGAUCGUACAAAAUGUACUAAUUCGUGUUCGAUAAUGAUGUUUCUGCGUGAGAAGAUUGUGCGAUGAAACGAAACGUUUCGACGGUUUGUGUGUGUGUGUUUGUGACGGUGUCGGUAAAAUUGUCUGAUUUUGUCACUCUGGGAAGCGAUGUUGUAAUAGUGUAAUUUCGAUUGCAGUGCGAUCGGUGACCAACAGCUCCAAUUGUCAAAAAGGGUGAGAUUGUUUCGAUAGUGACAGAGCAGUGCGCUUUGCAGUUCAUAAUCAAAAGUUCCGUUACAAUCUGCCCUACCAUUCCUACUGCAAUGUUAAGGUGUUCCCUUGCCGUGUGUAAUCGAAUGCGUGCGUUCCAUCUCACACACAUUCGCUCGCUCUUUUGAUGCUGUAGCAGGAGAAGCAAACAACAUAAAAAGUCAUUCGCUCCGUUGCGAUGCUUCAUUGGUGAUUUUAAGCAAUUUUGCGCCUUCUUUUAGCGGUCUCCGGGUUCAGGGCUUGUGAGAGAAAUUAACCCCACAAAAAGGGAAGAAAUUUGUGCAAAUCUAAACAUAGCAGAGUCUAACUCUGGCCGGGGGCUGGACAGUGAGAUAAAUAUAACAAGAAUUUUCAACCGGAAUAACUAGUUUAUGACGUUUUUUGAAGUGAUUUGUGUGUGUGCGCGCGUGUUAGAAAUGUCAACCGUUUUCUAGCGAUCAAGGCCACCUGUCCUGUUGUUGAUCGAGAUCGAUGGUUUAUUUUUUUUGGUGAUCAUCUGGAGAAAAACAACGAAACCACGUGUGACAGAGUGUUCUAUUUUUGCCUUCAUUCCAUCGUCUCGUUAGUUACGGUCUGGAUGUGUCGGGGCCACCAUGUCGUCGGGUUUAAUGUGCGUACGUGACAUCGCAAAAGUGAUGAGUUUGCGGUAGGCCACCCAACAAACGGAGUUUGAACAAAAAAAAAAAAAAAACACCGGGUAGGAGUCGGGGGUGGUGGGCAGCGACUAUCGAGCGCCCGGACGGACCGAUCCAUUACAUGUUCAAUGCUAAAACACAUACAUACCGGGCCCGUAACGACGGGCCAAAAUCGUUCGAUACGAAGUACGGCCGGUGGCGGUGGCCUCGGUCGUCCCAUACCACCGCUAAACGUGUCCACCGUGUCGGCCAGCUCGGCCGCUACGGUCAACUCGACCAACAACAACGGACCGGCGGUCGGUUCGAAACACAUGAACGGUGGACCACCGGGACGGACACUGCUUUCAUCCUCCUUUAUAACACCGUCCACCGGCAAUGGGACCGGCAACAACAGCAACAACAACAACCUCCUACACAACGCAUCCGCCCUCAGUGGACUGUCGGUUGCGUUGGGCAACGGUGCGAUCGGUGGAAUUGGCGGAGGAGGAGGAGGAGGAGGGGGCGGUGGAGGCGGUGGAGGUGCGAUGGGCCUGGCUGGCUUCAAUCACAACAACUCGACGACGAAUAACAACAUCCUCAGCAGCACGAUCAACAUGAACAAGGACCGGUUAGGUGCCCGGGAAGCAUUGACCAGUCUUGGGCUGCUGUGUUUGGUGUCCCUUCUGUUGGCAUUGCUUUCGUUGAUAUUUUUGCUGAAAAUUUCACCCGGUGGCCGGGAUCCACCGCCACCAACCAUCGGUCCGGCCGUGCUGGAGGAUUACGCCAUCGUGUACGACGUGACGCUGGCGCUGUGUGCAUUGUCGCUGUCGCUGAACCUGUGCUGCCUGCUGGUGUGUGCCAUUCAGUUCCUGUUCGCCGUCAAGCUGGUCCGCGCACCUGCCACGACCGGAAGAGGCAACAAGUACUUACAGAAGUCCAGCGUUAGCCGCGUGUGUGCCGUUGGUGGGUUUUUUAUUUCGAUACCAAUAUUUUUGACCGGUAUCAUCCUGUAUACAUUCACCCAGUUCCACUCGACACCGGCCAUUGUGACGAGCAUACUUAUCGGUGUCGGAAUUGUGUUUUGUGGUGGCGCUAUGGUGCAUAACGUAUUCGUGUGGCAACGGGAAAAGACCAUCAGUGUACGGCAGACACCGCUCAAUCUGAACCUUACCCUUUCGCCACAGAUAAGCACGAUAUCGGCAACGGCAGCGGCGGCAGCUGCGGCUGCCGCGGCACACCAGUACCAGAACGGACACGCAUCCGGUGCCCAUCAUCAUAUCAGUCUGAACCACGUGUACAGCAACCACAACCACACGCCACUCACUCACAACUCGCAGGCGAGCCACACGACACCGAUCACGCAGCUAACGCCGGUAACGCCCCUGUCCGGGAACCAUUCGCACAUCAGCUUCAACCAUUCCUACGUUCCGCCACCGUACGCGGGUGUACGGGCGGCCACGGCAACACCGCCAACGCCGAAGGUCAUCGGGUCGCUGUUGAAUCGGGACGCGUCCGGUUCGGUCAGUCCCGGCAUGCCGGGUAGUGGGACGAACAAUAACAACAAUCUGGACAUGAGCAAUGUUACGACUGCCAACUCACCGCACGAACUGUCGACGUUGGUUUGACCGUUAAAAUGCCCGCCGCAAUAAGCCAGUUUAUAAACUGGCGGACGAUGUAUGGAGAUGACCACAUUAAACACUCGGCGUAUCGGCGGUUUUGCGAUACGUUAAGAGGAUUGUUGAUGUACUCCCAUGUCAGGGGAGCCAGAAAGGAUGAUUCGAUGUUGGAUAUUUUUUAGCGAAAGAAAUAGCUGUACUAUCGAAACGCAAACGAUUCCUAGCGAAAAGCUGAAGUUGUUUCCCUUUCCUCUCAUCGUCUAAAAUGUAGAAGAGACCAGUUUUACAUAAAAAAACCCGAAUUUCGUUGAGAUUAUUUUAAUGAACGAAGGAACAUCAAUAUUGUUCGCGUGCUAACUAGCUGCACAGCAAUUUGUACAAAUUUGUUUGCCUUAAAUUUGCCCUUUUAAUUAGUAGAAGAAGAAAAAAAAAAACAUGGAAAGCAAUGCAGAUACUGCUACGGGAGAACGCGCUCAAACGCUCACAUUAGCGUGUAACGGAGUGAUAAAUGUUUAAGAAGAGUAUUUAUUGUAGCUGUGCUUGAAGUUAUGGAGUGGAAUGAUGUAAAGAUGACGAUAUUGUAGGCACUGCGUGGUGCGUAUUUGUGUACCUUAAAAGCAUGACAUUUUUAACUCAAUUUCGUUACGAACUAAGGUGUUUACCUUAGUACGUUCGAACGGGUUUUAUACGCUAAUCAGCCUCCGAAAGGUGCGAUAAAUUUUAGAGAUAUUGUAAGUUUUACUCAGUGCAGCUGCCAGGGUGGAUCUAAAUGUUGUUUCGCCAUUGUGGCUAGGAAGGGAUAGAUUAUGUUAUUUUUAUGGAAUAGAAAUACAAAAACCUGUCAAUCACCAAUGCAUAAAACAAA